AUGGGACGGCCCUUCUCCCUGGGAAUGCUGUAUGACUGUCGCAAUGACUACCUCAUUCCAGGCCUGACGCUGUGGGAUGAGGAAGCACUCGGAAAGCACAUCAUUACAACAGACGAGACUUUUACCGACUUCAAAGUCAUCACAUCUGACUCUACAGCUGACAAAUUCUCUGUGUUAAAUGUAAACGGCUCUCUCAAAGCAAGCUUUUUGGCAGGGCUGGUUACGGUUGAGGGAUCAGCUAAGUAUUUGAAAGAUGUUAAAGAGUCUCAGAAUCAGGCGAGAGUCACACUUUGUUACACCACUACAAAGAAAAACAGUCAACUGGCCAUGAACCACCUUGGGCAGGAACACAUAAAGUACAAGGAAGUUUUUAGCCAAGGCAUAGCUACACAUGUGGUCACAGGUAUACUUUAUGGAGCAAAUGCUUUCUUUGUGUUUGACCGUGAGGUCUCAAGUGGAGAGGACCGUCAAGACGUUGAGGGAAACUUGAAAGUGAUGUUUAAUAGGGUUCCUGAAGUUUCUAUUGGGGGUGAGAGUGCUUUAGACAUGAAGAACACUUCUAAAACUAAAACUGACAAGUUCUCUUGUAGAUUCCAUGGGGAUGUUCUCCUGGAAAACAAUCCUGUAUCUUUUCAAGAUGCCAUGGACACCUACAAAACCUUGCCUCAGAAGGUAGGUGAGGGGGUUCCUGUGCAAGUGAAUCUACUUCCGUUAAAAGAAUUGGACCCCACCGCCACCCAGAUGGUUUGUCAGAUCAGUGGAAGCUUAGUUGACCAAUGGCAGACUAUGCUGGAAUACCUCAGUGAGCUGGAGAUGAGAUGCAAUGAUGCAAUGAGAAGCAAGCCUGUAAAAUACUUCAAGGAAAUUGAUGCCAAAGUAAAAACCUUUAAAAAACUGUGUUUGACAGAGAAGUUGAAGACUACUUUGGCAGACCUCCUUCCGUCUAUUAGAGGGGGAGAAAAGGAAGAAAGGGUGUUGUCCGACUUCUUGACAAAGCAGCAAGAGUUCCGUUUCAACAGCAACAUCCUCAGUGAAUGUCUGGAUCGCAUUGAGAGAGAGAUCAAUGUGGUUGAUCGAUUCCUAAGCAUGAUUACAGAGGACUACAGUCAGACGUGUUCCACCAAGAUAGUCACAUCGAAGAAGGAACUUGACAAAGAGGUUUUGAACUCAAAGGUGAAGCGUGUUGUAUGUUUCACUUUCACCUCUCUGGGGUGCGAGGACCCUGUCCUGUCAGCUUUGGAUUCCCCAAGCUCUGAGAACACACAAGCCCUAGUGCCAGUUAAACCUGAUCUGACAAGAUGGUACCACUCUGUCAAUGUAUUUGAGGACAUGGACAAGCAAGCUGGACUUUUCAAAGAUUUUGCCGAAGCUAACAAAGAGGACACACAAACACGUUUCCUCUUGGCCUCCAUUCCCAACAAGGAACAAGAAGGAGCCAGCAUUUACCUUUAUGAGAACGGAUCCAUAAGAAACGAGCAUUGGGAGCCUCCAUCUAAACCUGAGAAGCCAACAGCACGUGACAGAACUCACAACAGUGUGGAGCUGGAGCUGCUCCCUCCUGAUAGGGGAGCCCAUGACGUCACCCACUACCUGAUAGAAUACUGUAUUGAUGAGAAAGAUGGAUGGAGCAGCGAGAAGACGUCUGAAUCUGAUGCAGCCUACACAGUGUCUGGACUGCUUCCCAGUACAGGGUACAAGUUCAAAUACAGAGCCGUGUGUUCAGCCGGCCUUGGUCCAGACAGCGAGUUCAAUCUGUCAGCGUUUACAGACCAUGCCAGGAGAAGCCACGCUGAUGGUGACGGAGCCAUGAUGAUGAGGAGGAAUGACGUAAUGAGGGGAAUCCGUGACAAGAUGAGGGAAAUGAGGAGUCACCAUGACAUGAUGAAGGAGAUGAGGGAUCCCCAUUACAUGAUGUGGAUGAUGAGGAAAGCAUUGAUGAGGACGAUGACCAUGAUGAUGGUGGUGGUGAUGAUGACGGUUUGA